UGGCGUCUCUUGGUUGCGGCGCCGCGUCCGUCAGUGGGGACCGACAGAAAUGGCGGCGGCCACGACAGCCUUGUCCCUCUCCUCCGCCUCCUCCUCCUCUGCCGCGCUGCUGCGCCCGGGCUGGGCGCCCCUGAGGCGGUGGCGAACCCUCGGUCGCAGCGCCAGCAGCUUCCCCCGCAGUGCCGCCAGUGAUGAAGCAACUGUUAUCUCAGGGACGAGGCUUGCACACCAGGUUUUGAAAGAAGUUCGAAGGGAUGUGGAAUCGUGGAUAUCUGCUGGGAACCAGAGGCCUCACCUCACUGUCAUAUUGGUAGGAGACAAUCCAGCCAGUCACAUCUAUGUCAGGAACAAGAUAAAGGCAGCUGCAGCUGUGGGCAUUUCUAGUGAGAUCAUACUGAGGCCUAAAGACAUUUCACAGGAAGAGCUCUUGGAUAUGACAGCGAAACUCAACAAGGAUUCCAGAGUUAGUGGUUUAUUAGUUCAGCUACCUCUCCCAGAUCACAUAGAUGAACGGACAGUCUGCAAUGCCAUUGCCCCUGAGAAGGAUGUGGAUGGGUUCCAUAUCAUGAACAUUGGGCGGCUGUGUCUGGAUCAGCCUUCCAUAAUCCCUGCCACCGCUGCUGCUGUCUGGGAGAUCAUAAAACGGACAGGAAUACAAACAUUUGGAAAAAAUGUUCUUGUAGCCGGAAGAUCCAAAAAUGUUGGAAUGCCUAUUUCAAUGCUUUUACAUACAGAUGGAGAGCACGAAAGGCCUGGAGGUGAUGCUACAGUGACCAUUACUCACAGAUACACCCCAAAAGAGCAGCUCAAGAUCCAUACACAGCUUGCUGACAUAGUAAUAGUUGCUGCAGGUAAUACUGGUAUCCCAAAGUUGAUUACAGCUGAUAUGGUCAAAGAAGGUGCAGCUGUGAUUGACGUAGGCAUCAACCAUAUCCACGAUCCUAUUACAGGAAAAAUCAAAUUAGUUGGGGAUGUGGACUUUGAAGAAGUGAAGAAGAAGGCUGCCUUUAUCACUCCGGUGCCGGGAGGGGUAGGACCUAUGACUGUUGCAAUGCUUCUGAAGAACACACUCCUGGUCGCUAAAAAGCUCAUUUACUAGAGCAAGUGGGUUACCUUGGAAGAAGAAUCCGGGUUGUUCUAUUUAUUGAUACACAAAACACUUAUUUUUUGCUAUAAAUAUAUUUAUUUCUACCUUGUAUUUAUUUUUUCAUGUCAGGUAUGUUAAAUCUGAUGGUUUAUAAAAUGUUCAGAUACUUUGUCUUUCCUCCUGCUGACUUAUUGUGAGCAAAAUCGACUUGGAGAAUGCAGCCUACAUAGGUAUGUUGGUGGUGGUGGCCAAUUAUGUGUUUGAGAAUGAAACAUAAAUUACAACUUCACCUAUGUAUUGGGGUAGUUAUCAAGGUCUUGUAAACACUUGCGACCUGUUCAAACAAUAUAAAAACUAAGACAUGCUAAAUAUCUUUCAAAUACAUGGUUUGGGUUCUGAGGUCACUAAGCACUCUGGGUGUAGUUCAGGGUCUUUAAAUACUUUUGUUGAACAAGUAGAGCCAGCAGUGGCCAGGCAGUAAUGUUGACAUGAAUGCAAGUGUUCAGUAAAUGUUUUAAAAGAGCCAAAUAAGCUUGAAUGCUGGUGAAAUUCUGACUUGAAACAUCUGCAAGAGGUAAGCGUGAAUAAGUAGCUAGAAGUGAGACUGGAAUUAUUUUUUUUCCAUGUCUGGGCAAAUUGCUUUGGUGCUUAAUACUGCCAUCUCACAAAAACCCCUCAAACCUGGCCAGUUGAUUGGGCUGAAUUUGAUUGAAAUUGAAUGGAAUGGAAUGAAAUUGAUUGGAAUUGAAUGGAACAUAGUUAAAACUACUCUACAUGUACAACAUAUAUAGUGCAGCAGGAGAUCAAGAGGAGGAGAAAACCAAAGGUUUAUCCCUCAUGAAAUAUUUGUGUUAGAACUUUAAGCCAUUUAAUUAUUCUCUUAUUUUUCAAAACUGCAUAAAGAGGGCUUUUUUUAAUCCACAUUGUAAGCCUUGCAUUCAAUGGCCACAAUGUUUUGCUGGUUAGAGAAGAGCACACGGGAUAAGAUCAGUGUGCUUCUAUUCCUGAAGUUGUUUCCUGGAUGGAUCUAGAACAGUUACUGCUGAGAUGCCAGUUCAGCUGAGUGUGUGCACGCGGUGACAUUCCCACUGGUAGACAGUUAGGGCUUCUACAUGUUUUUAUCUGCACCGGGAUUACUGAUUUAUUUUCAUCAGGCACCAUAGGUGUUUGCUAUUGGGCUAUAGUUAACUUGGAAGGGGAAGGAAAAAGACUGUCAUUAAGUUCCCUUGCUGUUAAAGGGGAAAAUGCCUUUACUGUGAUAAAGAAGUCAAGGUGGAGCAUCAUUUCCAUGCUGACUGUUCUUUUGAUGGAUUUUGAGUUUGCUCUAGCAUGGUGUUUGCAGAAGUUUGACAGGAUUAUUACUAAAUAUACAGUGCCAAUGGUGCAGAUGCUUGUCUUUUUAAAUGUAGGUGGUAAUAUAAGUGGUAGGAGGAUGAAGGCAUCUAUGGAGACUGUAUUUGGACUCAUCAACCCAUGACUGAAAGAUGGAAUAAAACUUGUUUGCUGUUACCAUGGUCUUGCUGGAGGGUGUUGAUGUGGUUUGGGGCAUGGUUGUGUUCUUCCUUUGUUUAUUGUGUGUUCAGUCAUUGCUGUGUCCAUCUGUUUGCACUGCUGUUUGUUUUCUUUGGUUUAACUGUGAUCAUCUCUGUGAUUUUUGGCACAAUAGCCAUUUAAGGCACUGUGCUUGUGUUUCUUGCGUGAGCCUGCCUGUGUCAUGCCCUCCAAGCAGGUCACUGUGCAUGGCAAGCCUUUCCCUUGAUCCUGUGGGAGCUGGGUUAGCAUUACAGCACAGCCUGUGGGGCCCGGGCUUGGCUCCACUACAUGCUGUCUGCAGAGCUGCUGGAGGCUUCCAUGGGAGUUCUAGAUGUUCUCCCAGCUCUCUGCUGGGAGAACAUUCAGAAGGAGCAUCCAGAGGGAAGAGCCCACUAGACAACCCAGAAAGCAGGCUGGUGUGCCUGACCUGGUCAAGGUUUGUCCAAGGACAAAUGCCCUGUGGCAGACAGAGCAUGGCCUUGCCCACUGUAGCCUUGUCCCAGGCCUACCACACCCGCUGUGCUGCCUCAUGACAAAGCCUGCCCUCGGAUUCAGGCCUGAUUAAACUGCCAUUGUGCAGCUGAGUGUUGAAAGCAAGGCUCACCAACCUCAUCCCUGCUUGGGACUGAUAGCAGAGGUUAUCCGGGUAGGCAUAAACACUCCUGUCCAUCCAGGGAGUGUGCAAGUCGCACUCAAUCAGUGUGCAGGCAUGCAGUAAUUCAGGAUAGCAAAGGAAGGGAAAAGCCUCCUGGAAUGCAGUCCAUGAGCAGGAAAAGGCAUAAUUAAAAUAUGCAUAACUAGCUGGUGUUUUUCCCUGAGCACGUGAAGUGGUUGGAUGUGGUCCUACAGAUCACUGAGGAGAAUGCCAUGGAGAAGGGAGGAUGUGAGCUGAUUGGAGUUACCAAGGCACUUAUUAAAAGGCUUUGGGUUUUAAAAUCUAAAAAUUGUGAAAUGUUUUUGGUGCUUGGAGCUCACAGUUAAGGAAGUGAGAGUUGUUGCUGAGGUGAGCUACGUACCUCUCCUUUGGUCAGUCAGGUUGUUGAUGUCUCAGUGUGUUACUGAACCGGGAUUGUCCAAUUAACUGCUCUAGUCUGGGCACAUCAGUACCCUUCAGAGAGACCAGUCCUACUUGUUCCAAGCUGCUUGUGACCAAGGAAGCUGGACAGUGUCUGGAGUUGUGGAGAGUGGUUUAGUAUGAGAAGCAUGUUCGACAGGUCUGUUCUAGAGACCCUGCAAACACUAUGUAACAAGUAUGAGUGUUUGCAUUUAAGCAUAGUCACUUCUUGGAGAGGCAGAGAUGGGCUUUUCUGGCAGAAAUGAAGGUAUCUGCUGCUAUCGGAGGCAGCAGUUUACCUGCUCUUUCAGUCUGUGUUUUGUCACUGCUUGUGCCUGGCCAGGUCUGGACUUGUGCCCCGCAGCUCUAGCCGGCAAUCCCAGGCCUGGCACCGGCCAGUGGGCUGCUUCCCGGGCUGUGCACAGCCAGGCUGAAUGGAAAGUGAUUACUAGAGCCCUCAGGCUUGCAGGGCCUGGGAUCAAAGGCCUCCCGCUGGCAGUCACUGAUGAAGAACACCAUCCAUUAUCAUUGUGCCUGAUCGCUUCCUAA